GGCGGGCGGGUGGGCUGGCAGCGGUGGACCGUCGGAGCCGCGGGAGGUCAGGAAUUUGACCCUUUGGGGCAUGAAUACUGGUGGUAAGCUGUUCAGUUUUGAGCUGUGUUAGCAGGAUCCUUCUAAGGAGGAGUCAUGGCUGCGGCAGCAGCUUCUCAUCUGAACCUGGAUGCCCUCCGGGAAGUGCUGGAAUGCCCCAUCUGUAUGGAGUCCUUCACAGAGGAGCAGCUUCGGCCCAAGCUCCUGCACUGUGGCCAUACCAUCUGCCGCCAGUGCCUAGAAAAGCUACUGGCCAGUAGCAUCAAUGGCGUCCGGUGUCCCUUUUGCAGCAAGAUUACCCGCAUAACCAGCCUGACCCAACUGACAGACAACCUGACAGUGCUGAAGAUCAUUGACACAGCUGGACUCAGUGAGGCUGUGGGGCUGCUCAUGUGCCGGUCCUGUGGGCGACGGCUGCCCCGGCAAUUUUGCCGGACCUGUGGCGUGGUGUUAUGUGAACCUUGCCGAGAGGCUGAUCACCAGCCGCCUGGCCACAGUACACUCCCUGUGAAAGAGGCAGCUGAGGAGCGGCGUCGCGACUUUGGAGAGAAGUUGGCCCGUCUGCGAGAGCUUAUGGGGGAGCUGCAGCGGCGGAAGGUUGCCUUGGAAGGGGUUUCCAAGGACCUUCAGGCCAGGUAUAAAGCAGUUCUUCAGGAGUAUGGACACGAGGAGCGCAGAAUGCAGGAGGAGCUGGCUCGCUCCCGGAAAUUCUUCACGGGCUCUUUGGCUGAGGUUGAGAAGUCCAAUAGUCAGGUGGUAGAGGAGCAGAGUUACCAGCUCAACAUUGCAGAAGUGCAGGCUGUGUCUCGCUGUGACUACUUUCUGGCCAAGAUCAAGCAGGCUGACGUAGCACUACUGGAGGAAACAGCUGAUGAGGAGGAGCCAGAGCUCACUGCCAACCUGCCCCGGGAGCUUACCCUGCAGGAUGUGGAGCUCCUCAAGGUAGGCCAUGUUGGCCCCCUCCAAAUUGGGCAGGCUGUUAAGAAGCCCCGAACAGUCAACAUGGAAGAUUCCUGGGCCAUGGAGGCUGCAGCCUCUGCUGCCUCCGCCUCUGUUACAUUUAGAGAGAUGGACAUGAGCCCUGAGGAAGGGGUUCCCAGCCCUAGGUCCUCACCUGCUAAACAGCGGGGUCCUGAAACACCUGCCAAUAUCCAGCAGUGUCUCUUUCUCAAGAAGAUGGGGGCCAAAGGCAGCACUCCAGGCAUGUUCAACCUUCCAGUCAGUCUCUACGUGACCAGUCAAGGAGAGGUGCUUGUUGCUGACCGUGGCAACUACCGUAUACAAGUCUUCACCCGCAAGGGCUUCUUGAAGGAGAUCCGCCGCAGCCCCAGUGGCAUUGAUAGCUUUGUGCUGAGCUUUCUUGGGGCUGAUUUACCCAAUCUCACUCCUCUCUCAGUGGCCAUGAACUGCCACGGGCUGAUUGGUGUGACUGACAGCUAUGAUAACUCCCUCAAGGUAUACACCUUGGAUGGCCACUGCGUGGCCUGCCACCGGAGCCAGCUGAGCAAACCAUGGGGCAUUACAGCCCUGCCAUCUGGCCAGUUUGUGGUAACUGAUGUGGAAGGUGGAAAGCUCUGGUGUUUCACUGUCGACCGGGGAGCAGGGGUAGUCAAAUACAGCUGCCUCUGCAGUGCUGUGCGGCCCAAGUUUGUCACCUGUGAUGCUGAGGGCACUGUCUAUUUCACCCAGGGCUUGGGCCUCAACCUGGAGAACCGGCAGAAUGAGCACCACUUGGAGGGUGGCUUUUCCAUUGGCUCUGUGGGUCCUGAUGGGCAGUUGGGUCGCCAGAUUAGCCACUUCUUCUCGGAGAACGAGGAUUUCCGCUGCAUUGCUGGCAUGUGUGUGGAUGCCCGUGGUGACCUCAUUGUGGCUGAUAGUAGUCGCAAGGAAAUUCUCCACUUUCCUAAGGGUGGAGGCUACAGUGUCCUUAUUCGAGAGGGGCUCACCUGUCCAGUGGGCAUUGCCCUUACUCCUAAGGGACAGCUGCUGGUCUUGGACUGUUGGGAUCAUUGCAUCAAGAUCUACAGCUACCACCUGAGGAGAUAUUCCACCCCUUAGAAGAGAAAUAGCUGUUCUCAGACAGCUUCUCUUCCUUUGUCCUUCGUUGUUGAUGGUAUUGUAGAGUAGACUCAGCCUGUGUCUUGACUCCAGCCAGCUAGUCCUAGAAUUUUAGAAGCUCUGUAUUUUACUGUUUUUUAUUUAUAUUUUCCCCUAAAUCUAGAGCUAUAACAGAUGCAUUUCCCCACUAGGACACAUGAUGGGAUUAGCUAAAAUUUAAUUCGUUAGGCUUCAGUAGAGAGAACCACUUUAAUCUUUUUGUAGCUAGAAAUUUCCCCCUGUAUUGAAUUGUUAUUGGUUUCCUCUCUUUUGGCUUUGAUGUCUCUGGCCCGUUUCCUUCCUAUUAGAACGUGCUUCACCUUUGAUACUUUCUCUUCAUCUCUGGCUGCAUCCAGUGUGCAUGCUCCAGCGGGAUUCCCUCCACCUUUCAGUGACAUUUCAGACAGCAUUCCUCUGUGGCAUGAUGCCUCAGGUCUGAUCACCUUAACCAGUGUGAAAACUCAUUCAUUUAGUACCACCAAGGGAGAUAUAUCCAGUUCUUUGGGGAAGCAAAAUAUUCCUCCUAGCCAGAGGAUUUGUGCCAUCUUGGAUUGGUCUCUAAUUGUAGAUGUGACAGAAAAUGGAUUUACCCUGUUGGUUGAUGUUGAAGACUUUGGCCUGGAAAUAGCUUGCCUUUUAAAGGAGCAUAUGGAUUGGAUUUAUGCCAGAGCAUAGACAUGGGAAUAAGCAAACAUUAUUGCUAACAUAGUCAGCAAACACUCUUAAAUAAUCUCUAGGGAUCAUCAUUUUUCAUAUUACCUCUCUCCACUGACCCGUGCUAAGAGUUGUCUGGGAGGCUGUACAACACAGAUUGGGGCCAGCAAAGUGGAGAGGUGGACACAUCUUGUUUUCAAUAUUAAAACAAAACUGUUGGGCCUUUACUCUCUAUUUUCUCCAAGUGGGUACAUAAUAUUGGUUUCGGGAUUUACUUCCAUUCCUCUUGAUGCAUUAAAUAAUUGAUAACUGUUUCUUC